AUGGUAUCUUUGAACUGUGAUGAGGCGUAUGUCCCGGACGAGACAGAAGUUGUGCAAGGACAAGAGGGUAGCCCUACUAACGAUUCGCAAUCCGUCAAUGGAUGGCGGCUCUAUAUCCUCACCGCUGGGCUGUGGUUGGCACUGUUCCUUUCGACAGUGGAAACAACCAUUGUUAGUACAUCGCUCGUCUCGAUAACCGACUCACUCAGCGGCUUCGACAAGCGAGACUGGAUAGUAACUGCAUAUCUAUUGACAUAUACAAGUUUUCUCACAAUUUACGCAAAACUGGGCGACGUAUUCGGACGAAAAACAAUGUUCGUCGUCGGACUUGGAAGCUUUAUAAUAUUCUCCAUUCUUUGUGGUAUUUCGACACAUAUCGAGCAAUUGUAUCUAUACCUCAACAUUUACAAGUACAUUCUCCGGGUCGAUUCCGUGGGCGUAAUGCUCUUGCUUGCUGCAUCGACCCUACUUGUAUAUGCUUUUGAGAGCGGAGGGACACAAUUUACCUGGACUAGCGCGGUUGUUAUUGUGACUUUGAUUGUCGGCACCAUUCUCUUUGUAGCAUUCAUGAUCUGGGAAUGGUGGCUACAAAACCAGCAGUCUGCAAGAGUAGAGCCUGUCUUUCCACCUCGAAUCCUCCGAAAUCGCAUUAUGGUGGCCAUGUUCGCCACAUCAUUCUUCGCGGGGUUUCCAUUCACGUCUGUGGUAGUCAACACACCCCAAAGAGCACAAGCUGUUUAUGCAUUCAGUUCACAGCACGCCGGGAUCGCCCUUUUUCCAUUACUCCUAUGCUCUCCUCUAGCGACGUUGGUUUCGGGGUAUGCAACAUCCAAUGUCAGAGUCCCACCAGUAUACCUCGUAAUAUCAGGAGCAGUCAUUCAACUCGUGGGUGUGGCACUGACAUGCUCGCUGCCAAGCCACUCUCCACAGUUUCCACCUCAACAAUAUGUUUUUGAGGCGAUCAUGGGUAUCGGAUUUGGUCUCACACUGACUACUAUAUUAACACUUGUGCCACUUGUGGCUGAUAGUAAUGACCUACCUGUUACAAUGGGAGCAUUGAGUCAGGUCCGCAUCCUUGGAGGCACACUCGGUCUGGCUGUAAGCGCCACGGUAUUAGACAGUCAGAUAUCACAGACAUUGAAGGCAUUAAGAGAUCCGGAGACCCUUCAAGCGAUUACAGAUUCAUUCACUGCCAUUGAUUUGCUCUCACUUACAGACCAACAAGCGGUUCGAGUUGCAUUCUCAGAGGGCUUCAACAAACAGAGUAUUGUGCUGGCAGCCUUUUCGGCAGCGGCGUUGAUAUGUUCCAUGUUUCUGUGGGAGGAAUCUCCGCGAAGAGUGGUAAAAGAGUGA